CCCUCAGCCGGACGUGCCCGGGGUCCUCCGCGAAGCUGGGGUCUCCGCUCUCCUUCUCGGUGGCGGCUCCCUCUCCCCGGUUCUCUCGGCGUCCGUCUCUUUCCCCCUGUGGCUUCCGAGCAGCUUUUAUGAUGUUCCCACCCGCCUCGCCGUUCGGAGGCUGAAGCUGUGAAGCGCACCUGGCUGGGCGGGCUCAGGGCCGCCCCCGCGCCGCCCGUUUCUCCCUCAGCGUCGUGGCCGAGUCCUGCGGUGUGCAGCGGGGCUGUGGGGUCCCUCCCCGCAGGUCAGUCCGGUGUCUGUGGUGCCGGUCUGUCAGAGAGGGGCUGGGGGAGGUGGUUUGCGCUUGGCCAUCUUGUCCUCAGAGCGGGUUUAAAGGUGCUGCCGCCUCAGACUACGUGCGGGCUGUCCCGCAGCUGUCAGCCGGGGGCAAAGGCAGCUCCCCGGGAUCACCUCAGUGAGCAGCGGACAUUCCCCCCUGAGCGGGUCCCACAGGGAGUUCCAGAACUCUGCGCUUUGGUGGUCGGUGCCGCUCGGUCUGGCGGUGUUUCUGUCCGUAGCCGUCAGGGACAGUUGUUCCUGGCUUUGCACUUCAGCAAAUGUUGCAGCUGCAUCAUCCUUGUGCAUCAAUGAGAAGCCCAACUAUGGCUUUGUUCAAGCAACAGAAGGUGGAGGACAUUUAUGAAAUUGGGGAGGAGCUAGGAAGUGGCCAGUUUGCUAUAGUGAAGAAAUGUCGGGAGAAAAGCACCGGGUUGGAGUAUGCUGCAAAGUUCAUCAAAAAACGGCAGAGCCGCGCCAGCCGCCGCGGGGUCAGCCGUGAGGAGAUUGAACGGGAGGUUGCUAUCCUCCAGCAGAUUCUGCACCCCAACAUCAUCAAGCUGCACGACAUCUAUGAGAACAAGACAGAUGUGGUCCUCAUCCUUGAGCUGGUUUCUGGAGGAGAACUAUUUGACUUCCUGGCACAGAAGGAGUCUUUGAGUGAAGAGGAAGCAACCAGGUUCAUCAAGCAGAUUUUGGAUGGUGUGAAUUACCUUCACUCAAAGAAAAUUGCUCACUUUGAUUUAAAGCCUGAAAACAUUAUGCUACUAGACAAGAAUAUUCCUAUUCCACACAUCAAGCUCAUUGACUUUGGCCUGGCUCACAAAAUAGAAGAUGGUGUUGAAUUUAAAAACAUUUUUGGAACUCCAGAAUUUGUAGCUCCAGAAAUAGUGAACUAUGAACCACUUGGACUAGCUGCAGAUAUGUGGAGUAUAGGAGUCAUCACCUACAUACUGCUUAGUGGUGCAUCACCCUUCCUUGGAGAAACUAAGCAAGAAACACUUGCCAACAUCACAGCUGUGAAUUAUGAAUUUGAUGAAGAAUUUUUCAGCAACACCAGUGACCUGGCAAAAGAUUUUAUCCAAAAACUGCUGGUGAAAGAUACACGGAAACGACUUACAAUUCAGGAAGCUCUGUCUCAUCCGUGGAUCACGCCAGUGGACAAGCAACAAGCUUUGGUUCGGCAAUCAUCUGUUGUUAACAUGGAAAGCUUCAAAAGACAAUAUGCUAGGAGGAGAUGGAAGCUUUCUUACCACAUUGUCUCACUGUGCAACCACUUCUCUCGUUCGCUGGUGAAAAAGGUCCUACUAGAGGAUGAAAGUUUGAGAAACUGUGAGAGUGACAAUGAGGAUCUUUCACAAAGAAAAGCCACUCGUCAGAGGAGGAGCAGCAUAUCAUAAUGUGAUGAGACUUCCACGGGCAGGAGACGGAGGAAACUCAGCUGUGCUGAAAAAAGCAGCUCUGACUUCUUGUCUGAACCCUUGGUAUGAUGCUUCUCAAACAACACCUGCAGCUGGAUGAUGUCCUUAAAUGCCUAGUGAGCAUUUUAGAAAAUUGGGAAUCCAGAUUCCCAUGGAAAUGCCACAGCACAAGCACCAACUGGAGUGCUUUUGUAUGUUGAGCUUUUCAUUGAUACUUCAAUCUAUUUGUGGUAUCAGCUGCACUCAGGGCGUGAGGUUUCUACUGAUGUUCUUUCACAUUCCGUGCAAUGAUUACGACUGUGUGCAUUGUUUCAUUCAGGGAAAUUGUUACUGAGUCUUAAGGAAAAAAAAAUAAUACUGUUUUUAUAUUUAUAGUAGCAUAAAUAUCUGAUGGCAGAUAUCUGGCAGGUUUUGUUAGCUGUAGACAGUACUCACUGCUGUUGUCACUGAAGAGAAAAAUAAUUGUGCCACUGUGUAUCAUAACCUUGAUCUUGUGAACCUAGCAGUAAACAGUUGUGUAGUGCAGUAAGAACUGUGCUCUGGCAUCGAGUUUGGCUGAAGAUGAACACAACUGCCACUGGUUGUGCAACUGAUUGUGGCCACUGGUAAGCCAUUUUUAGAUGAAAAAAAGAAUAAUUCUGUAGUGUUUUACUUGCACCCAAAUAUAUUCUGUUUUUACAGAAUGAUGGCAGGGUGUUUUACCAAAGCAGGGCACUUGAAAACCCAAGGUAUAUGAAGAAAAAUACUUUAUUAGACUUUUAUUAUUGUUUUAAUUUAUUGUCAGCAAAUUGGAUAUUCAUUAACACCAAUUUGUAUAGGUGCUGUUUAUGUGCAACCCAAACUGCAAAUAUCUGUGUUUUAUUCAGUGAGUUGUAUCCAAAAUUGAGGAAUUAAGCACUUUGAUGCUGACAUAACUUCUUGUGCUAGGAAGUUGCAUCAUUUUAACUGUACUAGUUUCUAAGCCAGUAUUGUUCAAUUGGUACCAAAAAUGUGCAUAAACUAGGUUAUUUUUUUCAUUGAAUAUAUUAGUUGUUAGAAGUACAUAUUUAUUUUGCUACUUAAUAAAUUAAAAAUCAGAAAGCAAGCCUACUAGAAGCAGCUACAGAUUGAUGAGGGAAAGGAUGGGUUUGUUAGGCUGAGCUUUUGGAGCUGAAGAUGUAAACUGAUAUUGAAAACUGGUAUCAGAUCAGUUUUGCAGGGAUUCAAGUUUUAAAGAAAGAAAUAAAAAUGUGCCACUUUUAUUUGUAGCUUUGUAUACUUGCCUAGGCAGAGAUUAAAAUGCAGGUGAUGAGAGAGUAUUGAUUUUAAAGGAAGGAAAUGUAUGAGAAGCAUUGGAGGAGAAAGGCAGAAAGUAGGAUUUGAGGGGAGAAACAUGAAAUGAAGGAAGGAGAUGGUGAGGGGGAAGACAGCAGUGGAGAAAAAUGAGUGUGAGAGGAAUGUGUAUGGAGUGGAGGUGAACCUGGGCUGGGAAAGCUGAAGGAAGGGCAAGAGAAUGUAGGUAGAGAAAGAGAAAGAGAAUGUAGGUACAAGAAAUUACACUGCAUUUUGAUGCUAUUUAUUUAGUUUCCUUUUGUGUCUUGUGCUGCUGUAGCCUGUGUCAUGUGCCUGGUCAAGAGAUAAGGAGCAAGGGGAUUGGGCUUCUCUUCACAUUCAAGUAAAAGGUGUAUUAUCUGUAUAAUCUUUGAGACAGAAUCCUCAUAAAGUGCUGUAAUAAUGUGUGUAUAAUGAGAGAGCAGUAAUGUGGAAAACUGUUGUUUCAUUGUCUGGAGGGAAUCUUUCAUAAAUAAAACACUAAAAAAAAUAUAUGGACAAAAAGCAGCCCAGCUUACCUACCAGAUUUUGUUUCCUGCUUUUCCUGUUCUCUGUGCAUUACCAUUAGGUCACUUCCUGGGCUAUGGAAAACCUGAAUUUUCCUGAAUUCCUGGAGCUUCAAAAUACCUUCAUUUUCCAAAUUAAGAGUUUGCGGGAUGUGUACAUAAAUGCAUAGUAAGGGCUGUGUUAAAACACCUUUUGGAUCAUUGCCUCAGAACUGGGCUCUGACAGUAAUAAACUCUUUUCUUCUCACACAAAAUCCUUGCCACUACUGAGCGUGUUGGGAUGCAGCAGAAGGGCAGACAGAGGAGAGCAAGGCAGCAUGAAGCCAUAAGCUCCACUCCUUAAAGAAAGAUGUAAGGUGGUGUCCUAACAGAGACAUGAGAGACAGCUCAUGGUGUUUGGCCUUCAGUCAGUCAUCUUUGUGCCCAGGUCAGGUAAGGACAGCAGUGGUGACUUCCUCACAGGGAUGGCCUUUCUCUGGGGCAUUCCAUCCUUCUGGCCUUUCUCUGGGGCUCUCCAUCCUUCUGGAGCUUCCCCUGGCUCUCGAGUGAUGUGGCACUUAUGGCACAGAAACCACGAGGAGCCAAACUCUUCCCUGACUGUUCCAGACAGGAGUGCUCUGUGGGUGUAUAACCUCUUGUUUUCAGGGCUUAUGUUAGUGGUUUUUUUUAGGAAGAGUUAUUUGUUUGGGUUUUUUUCCUAGAUUUGCUGUUCUCUGUAUUUAUUGCCCUAUUUUGAUGAGGUGGAAAUUCAGCCCUGCUCCAGGGAUGCAGGGUCUGAACUCUGGAGGACACUUUCCUCAGUGCAGGAAUUAGUUUAACUUUUUGCCAUUGGUGGCUUUUCAGGGACAACCCAGAGGUUCAUUUUUAUUAAGGGAAAGCAAAAAAAGAA